AUGAGGGCAAAUAACGAGAUGCGUAAUUUUCUCGAACAUCACCCUAUACUAAAAUCUGCGCCUCUCGAUCCGCGUGACGCGUUUUUUGGUGGCCGCACGGAAAAUAUCGUAACUCGACUCGAAGUAGCGGGGUACACGGAGAAAAUACGUUACGUGGACGUGUGUUCUCUGUAUCCUUACGUAUUAAAGACGGGCGUUUUUCCGAUCGGCCACCCUGAAAUCUAUAUCGGAGCGGAAUGCUCGUCGUUAAUCGGCGACGGACCAGGGUAUAAUUUCGACCCGGUCGAAGAUCUUGUACGUUGUCGAGUACUCCCACCGCGCAAUCUCUUUCACCCGGUACUCCCGUAUCGUGUGCGUGGAAAAUUGCUGUUUGCGUUGUGCCGGAAUUGCUGCGAAAUGUUCUCGCAGUCCGCGUGCACUCACGAACAUCCUGACGAACGUGAAUUUGAGGGUACUUGGGUAUCAUGCGAAUUACGUAAAGCCAUCGAGAAAGGUUAUCUUUUGAGGCAAGUAAAUGAAAUUUGGCAAUACAAAGUUGCUCGCUACGAUCGCGAUACGCGGCAGGGCGGAUUGUUCACCGGAUAUAUAAAUUCCUUUUUGCAAUUAAAGCAGGAAGCUAGUGGAUGGCCGAGCGAAUGUGUAGAUGACGAGAGUAAAGCACGAUACCUUAGUGAAUAUGAGGAAAUCGAAGGUAUUACACUCGAUAGAAACAACAUCUCACGUAAUCCCGGCUUGCGCUCGGUCGCGAAGCUCUGUUUAAAUUCCUUCUGGGGAAAAUUCGGCCAACGAUCGAAUCUUCCUAGUACCGAGAUCGUAGAAUCGCCUCAGCGUUUCGCAACUUUGCUCACUAGCCCUGAGCACGAAAUAACUGACAUAUUACCAGUCAACGACGAGGUAUUGUAUGUCUCGUGGCUACUGCGAGAAGAGGCAAUCGUAGCUUCUCCGAUUACCAACGUUGUGAUCGCGGCAUACACGACGGCACAAGCUAGGUUAAAAUUGUAUGAUUAUUUAGAAAAGUUAAAUAUGCGCGUAUUAUAUUGCGAUACCGAUUCUGUUAUAUAUUUGAGUAGUGGUGAUCCAAACGAGUACGAACCACGUACUGGGAAUUUUCUGGGCGACAUGACGGACGAACUCGAGAGCUACGGCAACGGUAGCUACAUCGAGUCGUUUGUGUCGGGAGGCCCAAAAUUUUAUGCGUAUGUGAAAGAGAAAGGCAAGAGGAAGGAGAAGAUGAAGAAAACCGUGGAAGGGAACCCGUGA